AAUCCAUCUACUACUAAAAUAAACGUCUCCGUUUUAUGCACGUGUUGUGCGCGCUCUCUGGCCGGCAAGUGUUUACAUUCUUUUUCUGUGGUUUUGUUCUUGUGAUUGUUGACUGAAGAUGUCCUAUCGUGGCUGGGAUAGUGGGGCAGGAUCCCGAGGAAAUCAUCAAAAUUUCCGCGGUAGUGGAAAAACACGUGGUGGCCGUGGAAGAGGUAGAGGUCGUGGCGGUGGUAGAAAUAAUUUUCAGAAAUUUGUUGACGUUGAAUCGAGAGAAAAAGAACAGAAUUGGGGAAAACAAUCAUGGGGAUAUGACAGCAACUAUAAUAAUACUCAAAACAGUUUUGAAACACGCAAAAGUGGUUUUGGUGGAACAUCCUAUUUGUACAAUAAGGACAAUGAUUUGCCAAAUAAUAACAACAAUAACAAUCCUUCAAGUUAUGAACAACCCACGAUGGCUAAUGAUAGUUCAAGAAAUGGACAAAGGGCACAACAACAGCAAAUGGAUAGCAACACAAAUUCGUGGAACAAUUCAUCGACACCUAUUUCCGCAAAAAAUGAUUCUUCAACAAAUUCAAAUGCUGUGACCAAACCCAUCGAAAGCGAGCCAAAUACCGCAGAGACCAAUAAACUAUUGGUAAAUAUAAAAAAAGAAAAAAUUAAGACAGAAAGAAAGUCGUCCAGCAGUUCGUCUUCAUCAUCAAGUGACUCGACGUCAUCGGAUGAGGAAGUAGCGCCAAAAAAUACUGCUGCCACACAAAAAGCUAAUGUAUCAUCUAAUGCUACUCCAGCAAGUCCUUUGAAUAUAAGACUAAAACCAACGGCAACAUUACUCGUUUCCCCAGCCGUGAAGAAUAAUAAAAAGACGGCGCCGUCUUCUUCGUCCUCGUCUUCUUCAUCGUCAGAAGAUGAGGAUACAGCUGCAAAUCCACAACCUCUUAAACGUCCUCCACCAAUUCCGCAGCCCGUUCAAAAUGACCCAAAGAAGAGUGGAAAAAAAUCGGAAAAAUCAAAAAAGAAAAAGAGCAAACAUUCGGAAGAAGAAGUAGUUUGUAUUGGGAAGUUGGAAAAUAAAGUAACUUUAGAUGAUGACGACGACGAUGAUGAUGAUGAACAGGAAGCUAUGAUCAAUGAAAGCAACGAUGAUGCUGCGGCAGCAGAUGUAUCAAGCAAUGUUUCAAAAUCUAAGAAGAAAUCAAAGAAAUCAUCAAAGUCUGGAAAAGAACAAUGUAUGCUAUGUGACAAAAAGGGACAUACAUCGUUUCAAUGUCAAAUGAUAUGUAAAAACUGCUCUGCCCCAUAUCACGGCUAUAGAACAUGCCCACACCCAGCUAAUCUGAAUGUAAUGAUGCAGCUUUAUUUAGAAUUUUGUAUGCAACAAUUGCAGCAUUUCCAACCUGAAGUAGAAUUUCAACAGUGGUUAGCUAAUACAACCAGCACGAGAGACACUAACGUUCCACAACCCCUGGUGGGUUCGCCAACUCCAACAACCAGUAAAAAUAAAAUGGGAAAACGUAAAAAUCCAACAAAAUACAAGGAAUUAAAUAUUAACAUUCCAAAGAAAAAACGUAAACUAUCCGUGACGAAAAAAUAUGAAAACAAUGAUGAUGAAUCAGAUAGUUCGUCUGAUUCAGAUGAAGAUAGUACAUCUACGGACAGUGAUAGCUCGUCGGAAGGUUUUCAGCAACAGCCGUCAACGAGUGCAAACGGCAGUAAUAAAAGAUUUAAAAAUAAAUCUUCUAAAUUAUCUGCCUUAAACGUGAGCAAUUUCCUGCCAAACAAUCCAGUUAGUUUUCCAUUAGCACUGAAUACUGGAAUACCUAACCUCCCCAAUGUUACAAAUCAACAUUUAAAUAAUUUGCUUUUAUCGCAAAUGUUUCAAAAUGCCAUUGGUACCAUGACCAAGAAAAAACGUAACUAGAUUAUAAGAUUUUACUUGUUAAAUAAUGUAAAUAAAUCAUGUUUGUAUUUUUAAUAAAAAUUAAUUUU